UUUUAUUUAAUUAUUUUUAUUUAAUUUUAUUUAUUUAAUUUAUUUAUUUUUAAAUAUAUUUUAGAUAUUGAUAAUUUUGGAAUAUGUAAAUUAGUGAAAAUUAGUGAAAAAAAGUUAAUUUAUGUGAACAUGUACAAAAUUGAACAAUUUGAUGAAUAAUAUUUUGGAACUAAAACGGAGAAUUGACCAGAUUAUCAAUUCACUCAGUAACGGAUCAUACAACCAAGCCACAGAGGGGAUAUUGUGUGAAUUGGAGUCGUUGAGUAUUGAUCGUGAUGUGCUGCAGUCGACACGGAUCGGUUCUUCAUUAACUAAACUUUCUAAACUACUCGCACCUCACUCAAAAGAACACUCACAACGACUAAUCACACUCAUCAAUAACUGGAAAAAUCAACUCAGAUCACCCAAACGAAUCAAACACAAUUCACACUCCAACUUCAACAACUCCAACAACUCUACAGAUUCUGUUAACAAUGUUGAUCCUGGGGACACAGUUACUACUCAGGAAACUAAUACUAACACUACCAACACUGUAGACAGUGUGAACAAUGUGGAAAAUGUGGACGGUGAUGAAUUAGUGCCUGAGUACGCGGGUCCGUUGCGUAAUGAUUUACACCGUGACAAGGCGUUGAGAUAUUUGUUCAGGUGUUUCCUGUUGGGUCAGGACUUUGGUCCAGAGUUAACGCGUUUAUCGGAGUUGAUAAACUCUAUGGAAUUAUCAUUGUACGACCACUACGUGGUGGAAAAUGAUAACCGCAAAGCGUACAAUCAACAGCUAAAAUGCAUAGCAUUUAACCUAAAAGACGUGAAAAACACAAUUUUAAACUAUAAACUGUAUAAUAAAAUGAUUACAGUUGAUGAGUUGACCAGGAUGACCUCGUUGCAAAUGGCCUCGGAUGAGAAAAAGUUACAGCGGAAUGAGAUUUUAGAACAGUCUCUAGAGGCGUGUCAGUCUGACUGGGCCAUCAAAAAUAUAUUCCUAGCCAAGAAAUCAGCAGGACAAUUCAAGUGUAACAAGUGUAACUCCAAAGUUACAACUUAUUAUCAGCUACAGACAAGGUCGUCAGAUGAACCCAUGACCACAUUUGUUACGUGCCUAAACUGUAAAAAUCGGUGGAGAUUCUAAUUCUAAUAUACUAACUUUAUA